UUUAUCACAUAAUUACGUAUGUAAAUCGGAUAAGAUAAAGAGAUUAAGGAAUUAUCAGCAAAUCCAAGGUAAUUUCAGUGAAAACCAAUCAGUAUUGCAUGACAGUUCGGCGACAAAAUGGCUAGUCGCUGGGUAUCACUAUUCUUGGGUAUCGCCCUAAUCCAGGGUAUAAUCGCUGUUAGUCCCAUUCCUCUAGAUGAAGAUGGAGAAUGGGACUCUGUCGCAAUACCGCUGAACGACCCUGCCUACCGACUCCCUACGACCACCCGUCCACGGCACUAUGAAGUCACCAUCACACCUUACUUCGAGACCGUCCCAACUGGCGUGGAACCAUUCACGUUCGACGGUGAAGUCAGGAUUUACACCAGCCCGCAGCAAACAUUCAUUAACCGAACUGUGAUUCAUUGUAAUGAUAUGACCAUUCAUAAUCUAACUGUCACUUACACCGAUCCAGUGACCGGAGCAGUUCAGGACAUUACUGCGCCCGGUCAAGAUUUCACAUGCGUUGCACCUUACAGUUUUCUGUACAUACAAACGAGCAUAAAUUUGCUGGUUAAUCAAGAAUAUGUGAUAUCUGCUACGUUUAGAGGAAACAUAAAUAACAAUAUGAGAGGCUUCUACAGGAGUUGGUAUAUCGACACUUCUGGUGUAAAAAGAUGGAUGGGAACAACCCAAUUCCAGCCUGGCCAUGCACGCCAAGCCUUCCCGUGCUACGACGAGCCUAGCUUCAAGGCCACCUUCGACAUCACCAUCAAUAGGGAAGCUGGUUUCAACCCUACCAUCUCCAAUAUGCCUAUUCGGUCUACUACUACUUUGGAUAAUGGAAGGAUCUCCGAAACAUUCUACACUACGCCCCUUACUUCGACAUAUUUGCUAGCAUUCAUCGUCUCCCAUUACAUUGAAGUUGAAACUAACAACGACAACGACAGGCCUUUCGCUCUCUAUGCUCGCGACAAUAUCCUUACUUCUGGUGAAUGGGCUCAAGAAGUUGGAAUACAACUUUUGGAAAGGAUGGAAAUAUAUACUGAUAUUCCUUACUACGAUAUGGCUCAUAACAUUAACAUGAAACAAGCCGCUAUUCCUGAUUUCUCUGCUGGAGCUAUGGAGAAUUGGGGUCUUUUGACUUACAGGGAAGCAUUAGUCCUAUACGAUCCCCAGAACUCCAACCACUUCUACAAGCAGCGAGUGAUGAACAUCGUUGCUCACGAGAUCACGCACAUGUGGCUCGGAAACCUGGUCACUUGCGCCUGGUGGGACGUGUUGUGGCUUAAUGAGGGAUUCGCCCGAUUUUAUACUUACUUCUUGGCUGAUUUGGUGAGACCCGAUCUUGGUUUCGAGACCCGUUUCAUCAUCGAACAAGUACAUACUUCAAUGAUUUCUGACUCUAUUGACAGCGCACAUCCCUUGACUGAUCCUAGUGUGAACGAUCCUACCAGUGUCAGUGCCCAUUUCUCAACUAUUACGUACGCUAGAGGCGCCUCUGUGAUUAGAAUGACGGAGCACUUCCUUGGAAACUUUACGUUUGUUAAGGGAAUGCAAAAUUAUAUGAAAGAGAGAGCUUUCAAAGUCGCUUUGCCAAUCCAUCUAUUCACUGCAUUGGACGAAGCAGCGGCAGAAGACAGUUCCUUGUCUAAUUACAAUGGCGUCACUAUUGAGGAGUACUUCAAAACUUGGUCAGAGCAAGCUGGACAUCCUCUACUGACUGUCACUGUCAACCAGAGAACCGGCCAGAUGAUUGUUACUCAGCACCGUUGGGAGCGUAACACUGGCGUCUCCACCAUUCCUAGUUUGUACAUGGUACCAAUUACAUGGACUAGCGCUGGAGAAGCCGACUUCGAGGAUACCAAGCCAUCUCAGGUCCUGACUGCUCAAUCCACGGUCAUCGAAAGAGGAACUACUGGCAAUGAAUGGGUUAUCUUUAACAAACAGGAAACUGGUUUCUACAGAGUCAACUACGAUGACACCAAUUGGGCUCUUUUAACUCGGGCAUUGAGGAGUAACCAGAGAACUAACAUUCACGAACGUAAUAGAGCACAGAUCGUGAACGAUGUCUUCCAACUGGCCAGGGCCGGUGUGCUCCGCUACGAAAGAGCGCUCAACAUUCUCUCGUUCCUGGAGUUCGAAGACCAGUACGCCCCUUGGCUGGCGGCGAUUACUGGCUUCAACUGGGUCGUUAGGAGGCUGGCGCAUGACGAGGAGAACCUUGCCAAGCUAAGGGAGCAAAUCCUCGGCCUCAGUGUAGCUGUCACAGCCCGUCUGGGCUGGGCUGAAAUUGACAACGAAGACUACAUGGAUGGGCUUCUAAGAAUGGACCUCGGCACCUUCCUUUGCAACAACGGACAUCCCGGCUGCUCGGCCGCCGCCGUCACCAACUUCAAUAACUGGAUCAGCGGUGGAUACGUACCCCCCAACAUGCGGCCAUGGGUAUUCUGCGAAGGUCUCCGCAGAGGAUCUGCCGCUGACUUCGACAUCUUCUGGCAAAAAUACCUAGAGAACGACUUGUCUAACGACAAGAUUGUCAUGCUGGAAACCGCUGGUUGCACCCAGGACGAAGCCAGUCUGCAGAAAUACCUUUCGGCUAUUGUGGCUAUGGAUGACUCUGUCCGGCCUCAGGAUUAUAAUACGGCUUUGAAUGCAGCUGUUACUGGAAAUGAAGUUAACACCAUGAGGAUGUUCAGAUGGCUGACAAACAAUGUGGCUCAGGUCACUGCUGCACUUGGCAGCAUUGCUACGCCACUUCGCUACGUUACUGCUCGUCUUCUCAACGAGGAACAAAUUACUGAGGUUCAAACCUGGCUAGACGCCCAGCGCACGGUCAUCGGUGACAGCGCCUACAACACCGGCGUCAACGGCAUUGCUUCUGCCAGAAACUUCCACGCUUGGUCUAAUACCAGAGUUGUGGAACUCGCAACCUACUUCGAAACCGGUUACCUAGAAGACAACAUUGAUGACAUCGUUGAUCCUGCACCGGAACCCGAACCAGUAAUGACACCGCAACCGGUAACAACUCCGGAUCCGGAUGGCGAACCCGAUUCAGCUAAUAUUGCUGCUUUGAGCGCUGUUACACUUAUUGUAACUUUGGCUCUUAAUAUGGUUGUACAACGGAGUUACAGUUUCUAUUUGGUUGAAGUGCGGUCGGCAGCCAUGCUUCGUUGCUACUUAGCAUUCUUAUGUGUCCUAGCUGUGACAGCAGUUAGUGAUACAAACUAUAGGCUGAACUCUCUCGUCAAGCCGUCCUCAUACAUCAUAGCCAUCACUCCGUACUUCGACACCAAUGAUGCAACCGCCUUCACUUUCGACGGAGAAGUCAGCAUAAUGAUCUCAACAACCACAAAUACUAAACAAAUCAAACUACAUUCAGAAGAUCUUGAAUUUACAGCUAGUGACAUAACAGUUACUAGUGGACAAUUCGUUUUAGCAUUAGAUGAAAACAACCCUUUAGAGUUUGAUAAGAACUAUACUUUUGCGUAUAUAAACAUGCAAAAUGAACUUCAAGUGGGAGUAGAUUACAAGUUGAAGAUUGUAUACACGGGACCAAUAAGGACAGAUCUGAACGGGUUUUAUAGGAACUACUACAUUGAGAAUGGAGUUGACAAAUGGUUGGGAGCAACACAAAUGGAGCCCACACACGCAAGGAAGGUGUUUCCUUGUUUCGACGAGCCGGAAUAUAAGGCCAUCUUCACACUGGUGAUAGACCGACCUGAUAAUUUUAAGCCUUCGGUGGCUAACACACAUUUAGCAGAUACUGUACCGCUAGCAAACGGUUACACACGAGAAAUCUUCCACCCAUCACCAAAAAUGUCCUCCUACUUGGUAGCAUUCAUGGUUUCCGAAUUCGAAGGACGUCUAACAAAUGACUCGCAGUUUGGAAUCUACGUAAGACCAGAAGCCAUGAACCAAACUGACUACGCUUUUGACUUCGGGUUGAGAGUAGUCAAUGCUUUGAGCGACUACUUGGGCAUUGAUUACUAUUCCACAAACACAUAUUUGAAGUUGGACCAUGUGGGUUUGCCGGAUUUUGAAGCUGGCGCUAUGGAGAACUGGGGAUUGGUUAACUACCGCGAAUCCCUCCUCCUAUAUGUGCCCGAAGAAUCGACCCCGUACUUCAAAUACCGCGUGGCACAGAUCAUUGCCCACGAGACCACGCACAUGUGGUUCGGGGACCUGGUCACCUGCCACUGGUGGAGCAACACCUGGCUCAACGAGGGCUUCGCUGACUACUUCCAGGAUUACAUCACUGCCAUUAUCGAACCAGACGUAGGUUCCGCCGAUCAGUUGGUCACAGGCUCAGUCUACGAUGGUUACAAUGCCGACGAAUCCCCAACAUCUCCCGCCAUCACCAACAACGAGGUCAACUCUCCCGCGGAGAUCCACGGCCAUUUUGGAAAGAUAACCUAUCAGAAAGCUGGAUCUAUCAUUAGGAUGGUGCACCAUUUGAUUGGGGAUGACGCGUUUAAAUUGGGUCUGCAGAGUUACUUGAAGGCGAAUCAAUUUGAGGUUGGCUACCCUGAAAACCUUUACUCCGCACUACACCAAGAAGUCACCAACGCCAACUCUUUUACCAACUACCCAGAAUUUAACAUCGUUGACGUAAUGGGACAAUGGAUAGCAAAGGCUGGUCAUCCUGUUUUGACCGUCAAUAUUGACUAUGAAAAUGAAACGGCAACGUUAACUCAGAAACGUUUCUACAUAGACUCAUCGCACCAAUCAAACGAAACGUACCCCAUCCCCAUCACAUACACCACGGAGCUCGUGAAGGACUUCACCAAUACCAAACCCGUGUUCAUUAUGAACGAGGAAUCUAAGGAAUUGAAUCUGACUGGAAUUAGUGAAACGCAUCCUUGGGUCAUAUUCAACGUGCAAGAGACUGGUUUCUACAGAGUCAACUACGAUGAACAUUCAUGGAAACUUAUAGCAAAUGCUCUAAAAGGAAAUUUAAGAGAACAAAUUCAUCAUCUCAAUCGGGCUAAGAUCGUGAAUGAUUUAUUCGCAUUUGUGUACGCCGAUGAAGUGAAGUUUGACCAGUUGUUCCAAGUAUUGGAAUUUUUGUCGGAUGAAACUGACUAUUCGGUGUGGUAUGCUGCUAUUCGAGGCUUGAGCAAAUUGAGAGCAUCUUAUUUGGGAUCGGAUGCUCAGGAAGACAUCGAGACAUACGCGCUCAAACUCCUCGACGGGAUCAUCAACAAACUGGGCUAUGACGUCAAGGCUACUGACAGCUUCGUCACUCUCAGGAACCGCAUGCAAGUCUUGGAAUUCGCAUGCAAGUUAGGUCAUCAGGGCUGCAUUGAUAAGACCGUGGAACUCUUCAAGAAUUUCAAGGAAAAUGGCGUUGAAGUAUCACCAAGCUUGCGACCAGUAACCUACUGCAACGGUCUCCGUCACGGUGACAGUGACGACUAUGACUUCUUGUACCAACGCAUGAAGACCACGAACCUGGCCAAUGAGGUGUGGGUCAUCGGAUACGCUCUGGGAUGUUCCAGUGAUGAGGAUAAACUGAGGAGCUACCUAGUAUCAAUGUUGGAGGAAGACAGCCCGAUCAGAACACAAGACCUUACAACGCCUUUAGCAAGCAUUUUAAGCAACUACGAACACGUUCACGUAGUUCUAGAAGAGUUAAAACAGAACUAUAUGCUUUGGACUACCAUAUAUCCCUCAAUGGACACCAUUCUUGCAACUGUUGCUUCCGCUCUACAGAAGCCAUACAUAUACUGA